ACAAGAGUGAACACUCCACCUUCAACCACCUAAGAUACCACUUCGGCUCCAAAGAUUAUAAUACCAUUUCUCGUCCUGAGUCUUUGGCUUAUUCUACUCUCCAGAGAUGGAGACAUUACUGGGAGUGAAAAUUAGCUGCCUGUUUGCCCUGCUGACCCUCACUCUGGGCUGUGGCCUUAUUCCCAUCUGCUUCAAAUGGUUCCAGAUUGCUGCAGCCACAGGUCGUCACCAGCGGUUCCUCAGCCUCCUGGGCUGCGUUUCUGCCGGUGUUUUCCUGGGAGCAGGGCUGAUGCACAUGACUGCUGAAGCCCUGGAGGAAAUUGAUUCAGAAAUCCAGGUCAUGGUGCAGAAUGUAACAGCAAGUGAGCAAAAUUCUACUGGUGAUGCUGAUUCAGCUCAAGUGGAGUAUCCCUAUGGAGAGCUCAUCAUCUCCCUGGGCUUCUUCUUUGUCUUCUUUUUGGAGUCGCUAGCAUUGCAGUGCUGUCCUGGGGCUUCAAGAGAAUCAACAGUGCAGGUGGAAGAAUUGCAUGGGGUUCACGUCCUUGAACUCCACAGCCAUGGACCUCAACCCUCACCCUCAUGGGGUCCCCUCCGGGCCCUCAUCCUCUUGCUCUCACUCUCCUUUCACUCGGUGUUUGAAGGUCUAGCUGUGGGGCUGCAGCCAACAGUAGCAGCUACUGUCCAGCUCUGUCUUGCUGUCCUGGCUCAUAAGGGGAUCAUAGUGUUUGGCGUGGGAAUGAGGCUCGUGCAGUUAGGCACUGGGUCACGAUGGGCCGUGUUCUCCAUACUAUCAUUAGCACUCAUGUCCCCUGUGGGUCUAGCCCUAGGGCUGGCUGUGGCUGGAGGAAACUCUGAAGGGGGGCAGGGCUUGGUCCAGGCUGUUUUACAGUGUGUGUCAGCCGGUACAUUCUUGUAUGUCACCUUCCUAGAAAUUCUCCCCCAGGAGCUAGCUGGUCCUGCAGCCCCUCUAGCCAAGUGGGCCUGUGUAGCUGCUGGUUUUGCCUUCAUGGCCUUUAUUGCUUUAUGGGCCUGAGACGUUUCCAACUUUUCUGAUGGACCCAUCUAGAACAAUCUCCCUAUUCCCAGGUGAAACGUCCCAAAUGGCUUUGGCCCUCAUACAUGUCUUCACUGAGACUAAGUGACGUUCAGUAGGUAUUAUCCCCAUGGACUGCACCACAGCUUU